AUGAUAUUAAUAACAAGUCCAGUUUUACAAAUAAUUUUUUCUGUAUCCCUGGAACAUAUGCUUCCAAGUAUUGCUGAUGGGGUUGUUGCUGGGAUCUCCCUUCUUUCAUGGUCCCUUCAUGCCAUGUUUGUGUGGAACCUGCGCUAUCUGCAUGAGAACAGUUUGCGGGGUCCCCUGAGUGCUGUCAUUGCCUUCAUGAUAGUUUUGGCUUCAUGUGCUAUUCAUGUACACACUGCCAUUGCCAGGCAUAUUUCUCAGUCCCCAAACAGCAGUAAGACAGAAGAAGUAGCCACAUACGUCAAUGCCUCAGCAAGUCUAAUUUAUUUAAUGAGUCUUAUGCCAAAUCAUCCUCGUAUUUAUCAAACAAAUCUACAUCUACAAAUAAAUGAUGAAGACGGCUCAUCUGAACCACUAACUUGGGACAGAAUCAGGUCCUAUGGUGCUGUGAACAGAUCUAGAGAGGUGGAAGAAUAUAUAGCUGAAAAAGGUGUUGGUUGCUUCUCAUGGUUAACAUUUUACUGGGUACAGCCACUGAUGUCUCGAGGAGCAAUAAUGAACAUCUCCAGUGUUAAUGAUUUGUUUUUACUGCCUGAUCGCAUCAAUACUCAGAACAUUGAUUCAAAAUUUAAACAAGUUCUGUUUGAUUUGCAUUAUCAGUCAAACCUUAAAAAUUCCCUCUACCACGAAGAUGAGAAUGACAUAAGUAGACGACUCUACGAUGAUUUGCCAAGUGUUCGUGUAAGAUCUGAGAAUCAGAUUUCCAACUCUCCUCUUCCAUCCUAUGAAAACUAUCAGAGUUAUCAGAACAUGAGUGGCACAUCUGAUUCAUCUCCAGAAGACCAUACUAGGGCUGACAAAGAAAGACAGGUUCUAAACAAUUCAACAGGAGGCCAAAUCAAACUGUUUAAAGCUCUUAACAAGACCUUUGGAAAAGAAUAUUAUUCUUUAGGGGUCCUCAAGCUGGUGGCUGACAGCCUAGGGUUUGCUGGGCCGGUGUUGCUAAACUACUUAGUGAGCUUCAUAGAGGCCAAAUCAGAUCACAGCUAUAAAGGAUAUCUCUUUGCACUUGGCCUCUUUCUGACAACAUUUCUAGGGACCCUUUGCUCCACACAGUUCGACUACAAUGUCCAGGUAGUUGCUUACAAGAUGAGAUCUGCCCUGGUGACCACCAUCUACAGAAAGUCUUUACUGGUCAGUGGCGUAGCACAGUCCAGGUUCAGUUCAGGAGAAAUCGUUAACUUUAUGAGUACAGAUACAGACAGAAUACUUAACUACUGUCCUAGUUUUCAUGCAUUUUGGAGCUUACCUUUUCAGGUAACUAGUGAUUAGUGAUGUGAACUAGAUUUUAGGGGCGUGAAGGUUUUGUAUGGAAAGUUGUGGAUCGUGAGAGGUUUUUUAAUUGUGUGUUUGGAUCAGAGAGUAUUUGUGUAGCUGUUGCUAUAUGCUGGGUUUUUGUGACCUAUUUGGGUAAGGGGAGAGACGUUGUGAAUGUUGUUAUCGUUUGUGAUAAUAGCAGUGAUGGAGUGUUAGAUUUUCGGAAAUAUAUAUUUAAUAAAGAAAUGUUUGUUCUAUAAAACAUUGGUUUGUUAUGUAACUAAAUUACCCAAGACAACGAAGGUAUUGAACAGGCAGUUUCCGGUUCAUAACAAUGAGAAUGCUCUUUGUAUCAAAUUGAGAGAGUUGAAAUAAUAAACCACCCUUGAUACAUAUUUGACCAAGUAGGCACAUUUUCAAAUCAAUUUUAUGUGAUUGAGAAAUCCAAGAAUUACAAAGACGGACAAUGAAAAUCCAAGGAUGCCGCAUACAUUUUAUUGUUCUAUUUUGGCAUUCUUCUAUUUGGCAGGUUUCUGUUUCCCUCCUACUUUUAUAUCAGCAAGUUGGCCUGGCCUUCCUUGCAGGUGUUGCUUUUGCUUUACUCUUGAUUCCUAUAAAUAGAUGGAUAGCAGGGAAAAUAGGACAGCUCAGCACUGAGAUGAUGGCACACAAAGAUGACAGGGUCAAGGUCAGUUGUUUUCAUCGUUUUAAUAUAUGUUAACUUCUCAUUUGGCAAUUACAUGGGUUAUGUAGCAAUACUAUAGUGGUAAUGUAGUCAUACUUUGUGGGUGAUUUAGAUAUACUUUAUAGAAAGCCAUAUGGGUAAUAAAAUAUUAAUGGGGUAGUGUAGUAAAUACUUUACAGGGUAAUAUACAAUGCCAUAAGGGUAAUGUAGUAAUACUAUGGGGGUAAUCUGUGUUGACAAAUUAGCUAACUCUUUGACCAUCGCUGCCACAAGUUAAAGAGUCUAUUUGUAAAAGCGUCAAAUUGAUUUAUUAUGCGUAACAUUUGUUAAUAUUUGUUUCUCUAAACAAGUUUCCUGAUUGAUUGUUGCAGCUGAUGAAUGAACUGUUGUUUGGCAUACGUGUGGUGAAGCUCUACUCUUGGGAAAAGCAUUUCACUGCACUUAUCACUGACAUUCGAAACAAUGAGCUGCGCUGUUUGAAGGGCAGGAAGUACUUGGAUGCCAUGUGUGUCUUCUUCUGGGCGACAGCUCCCGUUCUCAUGUCUAUUCUAACAUUUACGACCUUUGUACUGUUGGGCCACCAACUCACUGCAGCCAAGGUCAUCAUUUUAUCUUAGUGUGUGUCUCAGAGCUGACAUUAACAAUAAUUAUCUAUGAUGGCAUAGCAUAAAUAAUCAGUUUUUAAUCCCAGUCCAUGUGUGUUGCCAUGUUUGUUGCUGUGUUUGUUGCCAUGUGUGUUGCCAUGUGUGUUGCCAUGUGUGUUGCCCUGUGUGUUGGUUGCCAUAUGUUUUGCCUUGUGUUGCAAUGUCUGUUGCCAUAUGUGUGUCCAUCAGUUAUAAUUCUUGUAAAAAUAUCUCCAUUAUCAGCAACUGGUGAAGACACCUUAUUUGGGUAAUGUUAAUGAAUCUGGUUUUAAAAGGGGAAUCAUUUUAUAAAAUAUUAGAUUCACUUACAUAGGAAUAUGGCUGUUAAUGAAUACAACAUGGGAAUGCCAUGUUUUAACAGAUGAAUUAUGACAGUCUUAUAGACUAUAUUUGGAGAGUUUGAAAGGAAUCUCUUACAUUUCAGGUGUUCACAAGUCUGUCCCUGUUUUUAAUGCUGAUCAGUCCAUUGAAUUCUUUCCCCUGGGUUAUAAAUGGUCUUGUGGAAGCAUGGGUUUCUCUAAAGCGAGUCGAGAAGUUUGUUUGUCUGCCAGACAGUGAUGCCCAACAGUAUUAUUCAUCAAGUGAUGGUAUGUGUUUUGUCUUUUGUGCACUUAUCUUUCAGUAAAAAAAAAUAAAUUAUUUUUUCAAUGACUUAUUUAAAAAAAAUUAUACAUUUUCUUUGUUCCCAUUUAACGUCUCUUACAAUACAUUGUAAAAAUAGGUAAUUAAAGAGUUGAUUAUAAACUGAAUUAUCCCUUUCAGGAGCAGAUAAUGAACCUGUCAUUGAUAUAAAUAAUGCAAGUUUUACCUGGAUGAGCCCUGAGAGAACUGCUUGUGCUACAAAUAGAGCAGCAGUGUUUGAGAGUUCACCACAAGAACCAUGCAUCAUGAAGACGCAAGAUCUAGAGGGAAUUCAUCUUAAAAUAUUUCAGGUCACUUCUUGGUUUAUCUUUUUAACUCAAUGUUAUUAUAUUGUGUCCCUGAAAAUAAGGGUGUGUCAUAAAAUGGUUGAGUCUAGAUUAAAUCAGUUAUGUACCAUUCAUUAAUCAGGCUUAAAAUAUUGAAAUCUUUAAGCUGAGAUAUCACUGUUUUUAACUGACUCAGAGUAAUAUGGAGAGCUGCAUUUAAACUUCAGCUUAGCAAGAUCCAGCUUCUUCUUUGAUUGUCAAUUGGCCAGUUAGGCAUGCAAACCUUCCUUUAUAAUAAGUCAUCACGAGUUACAGUCAUGAUAGUGUUUUUUUUGGUUGUUUUUUUUACAUGUAGCUUAUUAUGUCACACAUAUUUUUCUAAUUUUCUAAUUAAAAUAUUAUUUAACAGGGGCAGUACAUUGGGAUAGUCGGUAAAGUCGGAUCAGGAAAAAGUUCUCUGUUCAGUGCCAUCAUCGGAGAGAUGAGGAAGAAACAGGGGGAAAUAACUGUGCAUGACUUAGAUGAGGGGUUUGCCUACGUCGGUCAGGAAUCCUGGAUCCAGCAUGCCACUAUACGUGAUAACAUACUAUUUGGGCGUCCUUACGUGUGUCAGAAAUAUGACAGUGUGCUGGAGGCCUGUGCUCUCGUUGAUGAUUUGAAGGUUUGCUCAAAAUUUCGGUCCAAAAUAAAUCUUAUCAGUGUCAUAAAAUGAUGUAUUCGACUUUUAAUUAUCCAUCCUAAAUAGUUAUGUAUAGUGGCUACCUAAAAAUAGUUUGCAGAUAUCCCUUCCUCAUGGUGGCUAAAGAAAUAAAAGUGGUAAUUAAUAGAAAAAAAAUUGCAAAUAGAAGGCUGACGUGUUUGGGAUUUAAAGAAAUAAAAAAAAUGAUUUAAAUGAAAAAUUUGUUUCUUGCAGUUACGUUGUUUCUUAUUAUGAAAUAUUUCUCAUGUCCUUGAAACAUUACUUGAAAUCAAGGUGUUUACUUAAUAAUUAAAAUGAAACAUUAUUCUUUUAAUCUCUUUAUUUAAUAAUUACAGUAUUUAUUGGCGUAUAACACGCACUUUUUCUCCCUGAAAAUAGGGAGGAAAUGAUGUGUGCAUGUUAUACGCCAAUAUAAUGUUAAGGACCCAUAGUACAUACCGCAAAGCGGCGCGAAUGGUGCAUAUUAUACGGCUGUGCGUGUUAUACACCAAUAAAUGCGGUAAAUGUGCACAUUGUAUUAUUCUUUUAAUCUCUUUAUUCAGUAGUCAAAUUGGUACAUUGUAUUAUUCUUUUAAUCUCUUUACUUAAUAGUUAAAUUGGCACAUUGUAUUAUUCUUUUAAUCUUUUUACUUUAUCGUCAAAUAGGCACAUUGUAUUAUUCUUUUAAUCUCUUGCCGUAGGUGAUGCCAGCAGGGGAUAUGACAGAAGUGGGAGAGAACGGAAUCACACUGAGUGGGGGUCAACGUGCGAGGGUCGCUCUGGCAAGAGCUGUCUAUCAGGUCGGUCCAGACAUUUUUUGACCUACGUAAUGGAGUUUUUGAUUGAUUUAUUCAAAACAAUUUCGUUAAAGUUUUCUUGUUCAGAUUAUUGAUUUAAAUGUGGCUCCCGUAUCUAAUGGUAGCUGCAUCACAGCAAAGAGGUUGUGGGUAUGAGUUUAUUAGGUUGGGUUAGUGGCCAGGUAGAAUAGCCCUCUUGGACACAGUCUGACGGCUAUACUUGGGUUUAGGAGACACAAACAAUUGGUGGGAAUAAAACAAUUUACGUUAUGCUUUAAUUAGGAUAACUCAAAAUACAAAUUCAAACGUUUCGGCAAAUGGCUUCUUCAGUACGACCAAAAAAAAAAAUAUUAUAAUAAAUUAAAUUUACAUAAUCUAUAUGUUUAUUCUAAAAAUGAAAGAAAAGAAUAAGAAUGGGCGCAAGUCGCUAAUGAAAACAAAGGCCAUCUUAUCAUGCCAGAACCCAGAGCACAGAAUAGUUAUUGCAUACGUAACUAUCACAUAGUUAUUGCAUACGUAACUAUCACAUAGUUAUUGCAUACGUAACUAUCACAUAGUUAUUGCAUACGUAACUAUCACAUAGUUAUUGCAUAAGUAACUAUCACAUAGUUAUUGCAUGAGCAAGUAAUCGUUGAUUAAUGUCCUAAUACAUUCAUCUCUGCUUGGUGGUCUUGUCAAUCUUGUGGUAAUGGAAACACCAGACGCACAAGUGGAUUUGGUUUUAAUUCUAAAGAGAUAGUUGCCAUAAAUUCUACUUUUUUAAUUUUGUUUUUCUAAUUCAUCUUUAAAGAUAUUUUAUCAUAUGAUAAUUGUGUUCAUAAAUUGUUACAGUUGUAUAUUUGCCUCAUCUAUAUCAACAGCUAAUAUGAUCAUUAUACUCGUUAUGCUCAUUCAUUAUUGUGUAGUGUUUGAAAAUAUGUUGUCUGUUGAACCGGCUUAUUAUUGUUUUAACCUUUACAAGAUAUGGCGCCUUAAAACAAUGUAUCCCACCUGGCACUCCUCAAGGUUUAAUUGGCAGAAAUAGUUUAUAAAAAAGCACUCUAUUCAAAGAAGGUUGCCGACCCCUGACUUGAAAAAUCAUUUGGCACAACACUGUAAGUGAGGCCUGCUGUGAGUAGAUAUUUCGAUGUGUAAAUAAUGGUCCAGGUGGCCAGGAUAUCACCUGCAAAGUGGCCCAAAUGGCCCAGAUAUCACAGAACGACCCGGAUUUUUCCAGAUGGACCUGUCAACCAUGGCAGCCAUUCUUGGGGAGGAGUAAAAAAAACUCAACUGCUGAAGUUGUGAGACGGCUGCCAGCUUGGCAUGGGAUUAAAAAGUUGGCUGUCUGUGCUAUGCCAACUUAAAAUAAUAGGUGUUUUAUGAAGGUAAACAUAAUUUUAUUAAUAAAAAAAAAAGAUUUUGUUUCUCAGUAUUUUAAUCUAGAUUUAUUAAAGUACAGACAUUGUUAUUGCAUUAGGACAAGGCCGUGUAUUUGCUUGAUGAUCCACCUUUGUCUUGCAUUAGGACAAGGCCAUGUAUUUGCUUGAUGAUCCACAUUUUUCUUGCAUUAGGACAAGGCCAUGUAUUUGCUUGAUGAUCCACAUUUUUCUUGCAUUAGGACAAGGCCAUGUAUUUGCUUAAUGAUCCACAUUUUUCUUGCAUUAGGACAAGGCCGUGUAUUUGCUUGAUGAUCCACUUUCAGCCGUAGAUGCUCAUGUGGCCAAACACAUCUACACAAACUGCAUCAUGGGAUUGUUGCGGGGCAAGACACGCCUGCUAUGUACACACCACGUCAAGUUCCUCAAUCGGGCCGACUAUGUUAUUCUUAUGGAAGCUGGGAGAAUAGUACAUUCAGGUAGAGUUGUUAGAAUAGUGCUGUCAGGUAGAGUUGUGAGAAUAGUACAGUGAGCUAGAGUUGAAAGACUAGUAAAUGGCAGGUAGAGUUGUGAGAAUAGUACAGUGAGCUAGAGUUGGAAGACUAGUAAAUGGCAGGUAGAGUUGUGAGAAUAGUACAGUGAGCUAGAGUUGGAAGACUAGUAAAUGGCAGGUAGAGUUGUGAGAAUAGUACAGUGAGCUAGAGUUGGAAGACUAGUAAAUGGCAGGUAGAGUUGUGAGAAUAGUACAGUGAGCUAGAGUUGGACGACUAGUAAAUGGCUGGUAGAAUACAUCAAUAAUAUCAAAAUGUAUACAUUUGAUAUCUUCAGGAAGAAAAAAAAAUUCUAAUCUAUUUGUUGUGAUAAACGGUAGCCUAUCCAACAAACUUACUGUAUUUAAUACUCUUAGGUCCACCAUCAGAAGUUCUCACUGAUGUUCAGUUCACAGAUGAACAAAAUAAAUCUUCUGAGAGUGUAACAAGUGGACAAGAGAGUUCACAAGAUGAAAAGGGAAAUAACCUUGUCCAGGAGGAAGAUCAAGAAAAAGGGGCUGUAAAAGGUUUUGUGUACAAGACAUACUGGAGAGCUGUUGGAUCAUGCUUGUCUCCCCUGGUUCUUGUCACCUUAUUUUUAAUGCAAGGUUCAUAUAUUUAUUAUUCAAUUAAGGAUGGUUUAAAAAAAUUAAUAAAACCUGUAGUUCAUGCUGCAAUCUUUUUGUAUCUUGAUAUUACAAACGUAAACUUUCCAAAAUUUGAAAAUCUAUCACAUUCCUUAUAUCUUAAGCAACAAAUGAAACUUUCUUUGGUUGCAAAAUAAAUUAUACAUAAAAUAAAAACCUGUUUCCUGUGCUUCCAUCAGCAUCCAGGAAUGGAGGAGAUUGGUGGUUGUCCUACUGGGUCUCUCACAGCCCUACAGCACCUGGGAAUCAGACCUAUUAUAUACGGGAAAUGACAGGAAGGUAGAGUCUUCUCGUCUGAAACUAAUCCAGGAACGAGCCUUGUUAUAAUGUAGUUAUUUCCAAGAGCUGUUCCUAAGCUCUAUUAACAAUGUUGAGGAAAGUUUAGCUGAGAGAUGUAGUUAUUUCUGUGCUGUUUGAAUAUUCUGUUCCUACAAUUAAAUGCUGUUAAAAUUUAGAAUUAAAAAAGUAAGUUAUUCAUGUAGAGCUGUCUACCUCCUUAAAAAUCUCUUUAGGGCAAAAAAAGGACUUAAAAUAUAACCCGGAUAAAGUGAUAGGUCCACUACAAGACUUGAUCUUAUCACAUUGCAUGUACCAAUGUUCUUCCUCUUCUAUAUAUUAAGGGCCCAUGAUCAAUGUAUUGAUCAUUUUGGCUCCUAUGCAUGUAGAGGGGAUUUGCAAUGUUUUUGUGCCUGGUGUUGAUGAUAUUUCACUGAUUGCAAGUGCUACUUUGUGAGGGAAUCAUGCACGGGGGGUUAGAAGGCUUGAGGCAAUAGACGCAAAUGUGUCAAGUGUUGUCGCCUCAACUGUUCCUUUUGAAAGCUUGUUCAAGUCCCUGAUUGUCUUGGGCAGGAAUGAGCAGUUUCUAUACUGGCUUCUCGCUGGUAUGAGCCAAAAUUGCCUGUCAUGGCCUUGCCGCUGUCAUGGGGGAGAGGGACGAGUUUCUGUUUAAGCUGGAGCAGUGGACCAGCCCUUUAUCUUGUACACCAUGGAGAGCCUGGAUUGUUGUCGUCGUUCCUCCAGUAGAGAUCAGCCCAGUGUUUCCAGCAUGCUGCCAAAACUAGAGGUGUUCCUGUAGCAGUUCAGGACCAAGCGUGCUGCCCGUCGCUGGACCGUCUCCAACCUGUCGAUGCUUUUCUGUGUAAAUGGGUCCCAGACUGAAGAUGCAUAAUCUAAAACCGGACGGACAAAGGCUUUAUAGGCUCUUUCUUUCACACUGGAGUUGCCGAUCUUUAGAUUACGCCUUAAAAACCUCAGGAUCUUGUUUGUCUGGUUGACCACAUUGCUAAUAUGCUCCUCUCAAUAGACCUCUCUUUGAAUGGUAACACCCAGGUACCAUCUGGAAGAAAAUGACUCAAGUAUAUGGCCGUGCAGUUCGUAUUGGUAGUGUAGAGGAGUACCAUUCCUAGAGACUGACAGUGUCUGGCAUUUGGCAGGAUGAAAUUCCAUGUUUCAGCUCAUCUCCCACUCAGCUAACCGGUUGAGAUCCUGUUGUAGCUGGUCCUGUUUGUGAUCGACCUAGAAACCUCCAAGUCAUCUGCCAACAGUCUUGCUUGGGAUGUCAGUUUCUCGGGUAGGUCAUUGAUGUAUGCUAGGAACAAACAAGGGCCUAGCACUGAUCCCUGGGGGACCCCUGACUUAACACCUACAAAAGAGGAGCUUGUACCGUCCACCACUACUGCUUGUAUCGGUUGCUGAGGAAGCUAGAGAUCCAUGUUUUAGUAGUGCCUUGAAUCCCAUAUCUCUGAAGUUUGUGUAGAAGCAAACUAUGAUUGGCACGGUCAAAUGCCUGUGAGAAGUCCAUCACCAGCACGUCAGUUUGCUUGCUGUUCUCCAGAUUGGUCAUCAAGGCUUCUACAAAUUCAAAGAGCUGGAUCUCACAUGAUCUAUUGACUCGGAAGCCAUGUUGACAGUCAUUGAGUAUAUUUUGGCUUUCAAGAUGAUUCAUGACUGCGCUUACAAUUAUGUGCUCCAACAGUUUGCAUACCACGCUGUUGCGGGAUAUCUGACAACAGUUUGCAGGAUCGGAAUGCUCCCCUUUCUUGUAGAUUGGAGUGACAUGCGCUGUUCUCCAGUCUGCUGGAACAUUUCCUGUGCACAGUGACGAUUGGAAGAGGAUUGUCAGUGCAGGAGCGAUUUCUUUGGCUAAUUCUUUGAGCACUCAUGGUUUGACGUUGUCAGGACCACAUGCUUUGUAGGGGUUAAUGGUUUUGAGGAGGGCAAGCCCACCCUGCCCUGCAAUCUGGAUAUCUUCCAUGAAGGGGUAGGCUCUGUUCAUCAUGUUGGUCAUCAGCCCCCGAGUACUCUCUACCAUCACCAAAGUCUAGAACUGCUGAUUGAGUAUGUCAGCCUGUGCUUUUGGGUCAGAUGUCAAAUGGCCAUCCCGCCUCGGGGGGAAACUCCAGCGUUUGAGGACUUUUGGUGCUUCACAUAGCUCCAGAAGCGCUUGUUCUUGACACCCUUGGUCAAAGUGUCUUCCUCUGAGAAGGUGCUGUUCAUGUAGUUCCAGUAAGAUCUGCGCAGUAAGCGUUGGAUGGUUCUCCUCUCUCAGUUCAACCGAGCCAUUUUUCUUCAAUCGCUUGUAUUGGUGGUCUCUCCUGUAGAUGAGCCUACAGAUUUCAGCCGUGACCCAUGGCUGAUUUAUCUUAGGUUUUCAUGAGUUCUUGAAGUGCUGUUAGCACAUUAUGUUUUAUGCUGUGGGUGCUCAGUAAAUUAAAAUUAUGAACCAUAAGUUAAAACAUUUUUGUCUAAAGAAUUGGUUUGACUAAAGAAUUGGUUUGACUGAAGAAUUGGUUUGACUGAAGAAUUGGUUUGACUAAAGAAUUGGUUUGACUAAAGAAUUGGUUUGACUGAAGAAUUGGUUUAAGAAUUGGUUUAUCUAAAGAAUUGGUUUGACUAAUGAAUUGGUUUGACUAAAGAGUUGGUUUGACUAAAGAAUUGGUUUGACUGAAGAAUUGGUUUAAGAAUUGGUUUAUCUAAAGAAUUGGUUUGACUAAUGAAUUGGUUUGACUAAAGAAUUGGUUUGACUGAAGAAUUGGUUUAAGAAUUGGUUUAUCUAAAGAAUUGGUUUGACUAAUGAAUUGGUUUGACUAAAGAGUUGGUUUGACUAAAGAAUUGGUUUGACUGAAGAAUUGGUUUAAGAAUUGGUUUAUCUAAAGAAUUGGUUUGACUAAUGAAUUGGUUUGACUAAAGAAUUGGUUUGACUGAAGAAUUGGUUUAAGAAUUGGUUUAUCUAAAGAAUUGGUUUGACUAAUGAAUUGGUUUGACUAAAGAGUUGGUUUGACUAAAGAAUUGGUUUAAGAAUUGGUUUAUCUAAAGAAUUGGUUUGACUAAUGAAUUGGUUUGACUAAAGAGUUGGUUUGACUAAAGAAUUGGUUUGACUGAAGAAUUGGUUUAAGAAUUGGUUUAUCUAAAGAAUUGGUUUGACUAAUGAAUUGGUUUGACUAAAGAAUUGGUUUGACUGAAGAAUUGGUUUAAGAAUUGGUUUAUCUAAAGAAUUGGUUUGACUAAUGAAUUGGUUUGACUAAAGAGUUGGUUUGACUAAAGAGUUGAUUUGACUGAAGAAUCGGUUUAGGAAUUGGUUUGGCUAAAGAAUUGGUUUGGCUAAAAAAUUGGUUUGGCUAAAGAAUUGGUUUGACUAAAGAAUUCGUUUUACUAAAGAAUUGGUUUGACUGAAGAAUUGGUUUAAGAAUUGGUUUGGCUAAAGAAUUGGUUUGACUAAAGAAUUGGUUUGACUAAAGCAUUGGUUUGACUGAAGAAUUGGUUUAAGAAUUGGUUUGGCUAAAGAAUUGGUUUGACUAAAGAAUUGGUUUGACUAAAGCAUUGGUUUGACUGAAGAAUUGGUUUAAGAAUUGGUUUGACAAAGAAUUGGUUUGGCUCUAAUUUCAGCGAGUCUCCAGUGAGAAAUCAAACAGAUGACAAGCUGAUGUUUUACUUGGGAGUUUAUGGUGGCCUGGCUGGUGCUAACUCAUUCUUCACGCUGCUGAGAUCCUUCCUGUUUGCUUAUGGGGGGCUGUGUGCCGCCCAGGUUAUACACAAGCGUCUGCUGAUGGCGAUCUUAAAGGUAAAGGAAGGCAGUUUUAUAGUUCUUUAAGUAUUGAUGUAGGUAAGAGAGGGAGUCACAAAAUUAUCUGGUACAAUGUUUCACAGUCUCUCUGUCUGAAAGGCAAAGUCUCAUGGUAUCAGUGUCUAGACAUGUUCUACAAUGUUUCACAGUCUCAUGGUAUCAGUGUCUAGACAUGUUUUACAAUGUUUCACAGUCUUAUGGUAUCAGUGUCUUGACAUGUUCUACAAUGUUUCACAGUCUCAUGGUAUCAGUGUCUUGACAUGUUCUACAAUAUUUCACAGUCUCAUGGUAUCAGUGUCUUGACAUGUUCUACAAUGUUUCACAGUCUCAUGGUAUCAGUGUCUAGACAUGCUCUACAAUAUUUCACAGUCUUAUGAAAUCAGUGUCUAGACAUGUUCUACAAUGUUUCACAGUCUCUCUGUCUGAAGGGCACAGUCUCAUGGUAUCAGUGUCUAAACAGUGUCAUGCUCUACAACAUCUGGCAAAUGUUGAUAUUUCAAUCAAAUUAAAGUUAGCUUCAAACUCAUUAACAGAGUAUUAGAUCUAAUACAAAAUUAUACAUUUAAAAAUUCAUUAAAAGAAAUUAAGUUUGACCUUUUCGUUCAACUCUUCAUGGCUGUAAACUCAACACUAUUUUGUUCUUAACAUUACCUACAAUUUUGGGAUCAAUCAUGUAAAACAAGCUUGGAAUACAUUUUAAAUGUGGAUAAGUGAUGUGGAUAAGUGAUGUUGGUAAGUGAUGUGGAUAAGUGAUGUGGAUAAGUGAUGUUGGUAAGUGAUGUGGAUAAGUGAUGUUGGUAAGUGAUGUGGAUAAGUGAUUUGGAUAAGUGAUGUGGAUAAGUGAUUUGGAUUAAUGAUUGAUUUGGAUAAGUGAUUUGGUUAAGUGAUGUGGAUAAGUGUUGUGGAUAAGUGAUGUGAAUAAGUGAUGUGGAUAAGUGAUGUUGGUAAGUGAUGUGGAUAAGUGAUUUGGAUAAGUGAUGUGGAUAAGUGAUGUGGAUUAAUGAUUGAUUUGGAUAAGUGAUUUGGUUAAGUGAUGUGAAUAAGUGAUGUGGAUAAGUGAUGUGAAUAAGUGAUGUGGAUAAGUGAUGUGGUUAAGUGAUAUGGUUUAGUGAUUGAUGUGGUUAAGUGAUGUGAAUAAGUGAUGUGGAUAAGUGAUGUGGUUAAGUGAUAUGGUUUAGUGAUUGAUGUGGUUAAGUGAUGUGAAUAAGUGAUGUGGAUAAGUGAUGUGGUUAAGUGAUAUGGUUUAGUGAUUGAUGUGGUUAAGUGAUGUGGAUAAGUGAUGUGGAUAAGUGAUGUGGUUAAGUGAUUUAUUUGGUUAAGGGAUGUGUAUUAGUGAUUGAUGUGGUUAAGUGAUGUGGAUUAAUGAUUGAUUUGGUUAAGUGAUUUGGAUAAGUGACGUGGUUAAGUGAUGUGAUAAGUGAUGUGUUUAAGUGAUGGGGAUAAGUGAUGUGGAUAAGUGAUGUGGAUAAGUAAUGUGGUUUAGUGUUGUGGUUAAAGGAACGUGGUCAAGUGAUUGCAAAACUAUUGCAGGCCCCCUUAACAUUUUUUGAUGUGACGCCCAUAGGAAGGAUAGUGAAUAGGUUCUCCUCAGAUCUGUAUGCAGUGGAUGAUUCCCUCCCCUUCACCUUGAACAUCUUCCUAGCACAGAGCUAUGGCAUCUUUGGCACACUGGUCCUCACGUGUUAUGGUCUGCCGUGGUUUGCCAUCUGUUUGGUUCCCAUGGCCGCAAUCUACUACAAGAUACAGGUAAAUAUGCAUUAGAAACAUAUGAAAGAUACAGGUAAAUAUGAAUUAGAAACAUAAGAAAGAUACAGGUAAGUAUGCAUUAGAAACAUAUGAAAGAUACAGGUAAGUAUGGAUUAGAAAGAUAUGGAAGAUACAGGUAAAUAUGCAUUAGAAACAUAUGGAAGAUACAGGUAAAUAUGAAUUAGAAACAUAUGGAAGAUACAGGUUAAUAAGAAUUAGAAACAUAUGGAAGAUACAGGUAAAUAAGAAUUAGAAGCAUAUGGAAGAUACAGGUAAAUAUGAAUUAGAAACAUAUGGAAGAUACAGGUAAAUAUGAAUUAGAAACAUAUGGAAGAUACAGGUAAAUAUCCACUUGAAGUAGCUUCACUCAAAUAGAUGUGUGCCUGCCAGAAAAUCAUCCCUUAAUUUCUUUAUAAAGGAUUGACAAAAGACAUUUACUGAGCCUGCUAUUUUGUUUAACUCCAACUGUGUCCAGCUUUGUCAUGUUCUCUCCCCUUGAUGUCCAGUACUACUACAGAUUUUGUCAUAUUGUUUCCCCUUGAUGCUCAGCACUACUACAGAUUUUGUCAUAUUGUUUCCCCUUGAUGCUCAGCAUUACUACAGAUUUUGUCAUAUUGUUUCCCCUUUAUGCUCAGCACUACUACAGAUUUUGUCAUAUUGUUUCCCCUUGAUGCUCAGCACUACUACAGAUUUUGUCAUAUUGUUUCCCCUUGAUGCUCAGCACUACUACAGAUUUUGUCAUAUUGUUUCCCCUUGAUGCUCAGCACUACUACAGAUUUUGUCAUAUUGUUUCCCCUUGAUGCUCAGCACUACUACAUAUUUUGUCAUAUUGUUUCCCCUUGAUGCUCAGCACUACUACAGAUUUUGUCAUAUUGUUUUCCCUUGAUGCUCAGCACUACUACAGAUUUUGUCAUAUUGUUUCCCCUUGAUGCUCAGCACUACUACAGAUUUUGUCAUAUUGUUUCCCCUUGAUGUCCAGCACUAUUACAGAUUUACAUCCAGGGAACUAAAGCGACUGUCUAGUGUGACCCUGUCCCCUAUCUACGCUCACUUCUCUGAGACCAUCACAGGGCUACCCACCAUACGAUCCAUGAGACAUUCUCAAAGGUCAGUCAAGUUUUAUACAACUAGAAAGCUCAGUUAUUCAACAGCCAGGCACAAGAUAGGUCAGUUAUACAACAGCCAGGCACAAGAUAGGUCAGUUAUACAACAGUCAGGCACAAGAUAGGUCAGUUAUACAACAGCCAGGCACAAGAUAGGUCAGUUAUACAACAGUCAGGCACAAAAUAGGUCAGUUAUACAACAGCCAGGCACAAGAUAGGUCAGUUAUACAACAGUUAGGCACAAGAUAGGUCAGUUAUACAACAGUCAUGUACUUAAUAGGUCAGUCAUUCAAUAGUCAUGUACUUGAUAGGUCAGUUAUUCAACAGUCAAGUACUUGAUAGGAGUGUCCAACAGCUAUAAAGUAUUCUUUUAUUUCUAAGCCGCAUGUACAACAAGAACACAUGUUGACUGUUUCUUAUUUUUAAACAAUAGACCUACUCUUUGUUAAGUCCUGCACAACUUUCAAGGAUACAUUCUAUCUGUUUGCAUUAGUUGAAUUUUUCUAAUGAAGAGUCUUCAUGAUAGAUCAUUGUUUAAUUGUUGAUACACAAUUACUGAAUCAGGUUCUGUGAGGAGAACAAACGGAGGCUGGACACAAACCAGAGAGCUCAGUACGCCACACAGCUUUCCUCUUCCUGGCUGGACUUGAGGCUCAGGAUGCUGGGUGUGGCCAUGGUUACCUGCUUGUCUCUGAUUGCGGUCAUUCAGCACCAGCUGACCACUGUAGAUGCCGGUAAUUAGUCUUAGCUUGCACCACAACCUGACCUAUCUGAUGUGUUUGACCAGUCUAUGAAGUAAUAAUUUAUAUUGAUUUGAUGAGUUAAGAGUUAGGAAAAGUUUUGUGUGGUGUGAUCUGUUGGAUUAGUUGUAAAUUUGUUUUACUAGAAGUAAAUUUCAAUAUUUUGGUUAUAACAUUCUCCUGGACAUUGCAUGUUCAGCAGAUCCAGGAGCCAGAAUGAACAAUACAUUGAUCAUGGGUCCUCAAAAUGUAGAGAAGAAGAGAUGCCUUAAUAAAAGUACUGAAUUCAACUUGUUUAUGUCAUCAUUUAAUACUGCAUGAAGAACUCGGUGUUGCUACAGCUGAUAGUGUAUGGUAUCCAGUGGUGUCCCUGGUAACCAGGUGGACAACAUACUCUCUGUUUCCAAAGUGGAUAUGUAUAUGAUGUUGGUGGAGAUGAUCAUCUCCCGCGCUGAUUUGAUGAAAUAUUUCUGUGUCUCCCGCAGGCCUCGUCGGACUUGCCAUUUCCUACUCAUUGUCUGUGACAAACCUGCUUGGUGGAGUGGUCAUGUUCUUCACGGCCACGGAGAAAGAGUUUGUCAGUGUGGAGAGAUGUCAGCAUUACAUCCAGGAGACGCCAUCAGAAAGAUGGGAAGGUCCUCUGUUUGUAAGGAGUUUUAUAAUUAUGUUGAUUUACUGGUCCUACCCCCAUAUCUGUCAUGAGUGAUUGAGGAGAUCCCAUUAAAAAGAUGGCAGGGUCCUCUGUUUGUAAGGAGUUUUAUAAUUAUGUUGAUUUACUGGUCCUACCCCCAUAUCUGUCAUGAGUGAUCGAGGAGAUCCCAUUAGAAAGAUGGCAGGGUCCUCUGUCUGUAAGGAGUUUUAUAAUUAUGUUGAUUUACUGGUCCUACCCCCAUAGCUGUCAUGAGUGAUCGAGGAGAUCCCAUUAGAAAGAUGGCAGGGUCCUCUGUCUGUAAGGAGUUUUAUAAUUAUGUUGAUUUACUGGUCCUACCCCCAUAGCUGUCAUGAGUGAUCGAGGAGAUCCCAUUAGAAAGAUGGCAGGGUGCUCUGUCUGUAAGGAGUUUUAUAUUUCUGUAGAUUUACUGGUCCAACCCCCAGUCAUGGGUGCUGAAAAAAAACCUUUAUGGAAACAGAAGAAAAUAUUUUGUUAUAUAUUUAUUGUAUUAAAGAUAUGUUGUUGUUUUCAUAGGAAGUCUGGAUUUUUUAAAACUGAAGAACUAUGAUACUGUUAGUCACACAGUGACUGGUAUCUUUUGAAGCUAGGGCCCAAAUCAUGGAACAGUUUGCCUAAAUCAUAGAACAGUUUGCCUAAAUCUUUGAGGGAAAUGGAAAUGAUUAAAAAUCGCUUAAGAAUCAUUUAAAGACUUUUUUCUAAAAUAGAUUUUAUGACAUCAAAGCGUUAUACUAGUAAUCAAUCACCAUCACCACCAUCAUCAUCACCACCACCAUUACCACCACCACCAUCAUCACCACCACAAUCAUCAUCAUCUCUACCACCACCAUCAUCAUCUUACCAUCAUCACCACCACCAUCAUCACCACCAUCACCACCACCAUCACCACCACCACCACCACCAUCAUCAUUUGAGUCAGCCCCUCUUGACACAUGGAAUAGAUUUGAGACAGUCAUGUGAUCACUUAUAAUUUAUGUAUCGUUUCCAGCCCCCGUCCAUGUGGCCGGAAAAUGGUGUUGUUGAGUUUGACACCAUCUGGCUGCAGUAUCGUGACACGCUGACCCAUGCGCUCAAGGGAGUCAGUUUUAAAACCAGACCAAGGGAGAAGAUUGGAAUUGUCGGCAGAACAGGGGCGGGUAAAUCUAGUCUGUUUUUGGCCUUAUUCAGACUGGUGGAGAUCGGUCAAGGUCGUAUCUUGGUUGAUGAUGUCGACAUCAGUCAUUUGGACUUGCAGGACAUAAGGUAAUUUACUUGACCAUUGAAAGUGAGGUAAAAAAGAUCUGUUGUCUCAUUUGGGUUUGUUAUUGGUUAGUGAGAUGGAACUGGUUUAUUGGAGAGUGCUUCUAACUCGGUAGUUUGAUUGUGGUUCAUCCCAGAUGGAACUGGUUUAUUGGAGAGUGCUUCUAGCUCGGUAGUUUGAUUGUGGUUCACUCCGAUGGAACUGGUUUAUUAUAGAGUGCUUCUAGCUUAGUAGUUUGAUUGUGGUUCACACCAGAUGGAACUGAUUUAUUGUAGAGUGCUUCUAACUCAGUUGUUUGAUUGUGGUUCAUCCCAGAUGGAACUGGUUUAUUGUAGAGUGCUUCUAACUCAGUUUUUUGAUUGUGGUUCAUCCCAGAUGGAACUGGUUUAUUGUAAGAGUGCUUCUAACUCGGUAGUUUGAUUGUGGUUCACACCACCUGGAACUGGUUUAUUGGAGAGUGCUUCUAACUCGGUAGUUUGAUUGUGGUUCACACCACCUGGAACUGGUUUAUUGGAGAGUGCUUCUAACUCGGUAGUUUGAUUGUGGUUCACACCAGCUGGAACUGGUUUAUUAUAGAGUGCUUCUAGCUCAGUAGUUUGUGGUUCACACCAGCUGGAACUGGUUUAUUAUAGAGUGCUUCUAACUCAGUAGUUUGAUUGUGGUUCACACCAGCUGGAACUGGUUUAUUGUAGAGUGCUUCUAACUCAGUAGUUUGUGGUUCACACCAGCUGGAACUGGUUUAUUGUAGAGUGCUUCUAACUCAGUUGUUUGAUGUGGUUCAUCCCAGAUGGAGCUGGUUUAUUGUAGAGUGCUUCUAGCUUAGCUGUUUGAUUGUGAUUCACACCACAUGGAACUGUUUUAUUGUAGAGUGCUUCUAGCUCAGUUGUUUGAUUGUGGUUCAUCCCAGAUGGAACUGGUUUAUUGUAAGAGUGCUUCUAGCUUAGUAGUUUGAUUGUGGUUCACACCAGAUGGAGCUGGUUUAUUGUAAGAGUGCUUCUAGCUUAGUAGUUUGAUUGUGGUUCACACCAGAUGGAGCUGGUUUAUUGUAGAGUGCUUCUAGCUUAGUAGUUUGAUUGUGGUUCACACCAGAUGGAACUGAUUUAUUGUAGAGUGCUUCUAACUCAGUUGUUUGAUUGUGGUUCAUCCCAGAUGGAACUGGUUUAUUGUAGAGUGCUUCUAACUCAGUUGUUUGAUUGUGGUUCAUCCCAGAUGGAACUGGUUUAUUGUAGAGUGCUUCUAACUCAGUUGUUUGAUGUGGUUCAUUCCAGAUGGAGCUGGUUUAUUGUAGAGUGCUUCUAGCUUAGUUGUUUGAUUGUGAUUCACACCACAUGGAACUGAUUUAUUGUAGAGUGCUUCUAACUCAGUUGUUUGAUUGUGGUUCAUCCCAGAUGGAACUGGUUUAUUGUAGAGUGCUUCUAGCUUAGUAGUUUGAUUGUUGUUCAUACCACAUAUUUUUUAAAGUAACAUUUUCUGUUUUAUACGGCUACAUUUUCAUUGUUAAGAUUUUUAGAUCAUGUUGGAAAAAAAAUUGUUUUGAUAGUGAUGGUUAUAUACAUAAUACAAAUAUCGAUUGUAUGUGACACAUCUGUACGUGUAAUACUGCCUAUAGGGAACUAUCCCACAGUUUAUACAUAUCAUACAGUUAACACAGUAUUGUCUCAAACGUGUGAGUUUGUAAAGCUAUGUAGUCUUACUGUACACCAACUGAUGUGUUCAAUGAAUGUCCAUGUUUCCCCAGGACCAGGUUCGCCAUCAUUCCCCAAGAUCCUUUUCUCUUCAGUGGAACAGUUCGGAUGAACCUUGACCCAACAAACAGCUACUCUGACGCUGACGUUUGGUCCGCCAUUGGCCGCUGUCACUUACAUUCCUGCAUAGACCAGAUGGGAGGUCUAGGGGCCGUCCUUGCUCAAAAAGGAAGGGAAUUUUCUGUGGGGCAGCGACAGCUUCUGUGUCUGGCAAGAGCCAUGCUAACAAAGGCAAAGGUAGGUCAUGUCCAUGGGCGCCCAAGGUCAUGUCUGGGUUAUUGGAUGAAACAUUUUAGUUCCUUCAAUUUUAAUAAAGCAUUGCCUGCUACAUUGCAAAUGUUAACUUUAGAGUCCAAUAAACAAAAAGAAGAAAGCAAAAAACAACUUAUAAGAAUUUCAUUUAAAAGACUUUUAAAAAAAAAAAAACAAUUGUUAAAUUUUUUAAAUAAAACAAUGCAUAAAUAUUAAUAAAUGUUUAAAAAAAAUUGUCACCAAUUGUUGAUAGGUUCUUUGUAUUGAUGAAGCAACUGCAAGCGUUGACAUGGAAACUGAUAACCUCAUACAAACUACUAUACGCCAUGAGUUUCGAGAGAGCACUGUGCUUACCAUAGCACAUAGAAUCCACACCGUCCUCGACAGCCAUCGUGUCCUUGUCCUCAAAGAUGGCCGUGUUGCAGAGUUUGCUUCGCCCGGUGACCUGCUUCAGAAUACCAACUCCCUCUUUUAUAAUCUAGUCUAUGGAAACAAUUGA